AUGAUGCUAUAUCAGAGUAAGCAAGAAUAUUACGAGUCGCCCAUACAUAUAGAUCAAAUAUCAACUUCUUCCAUACCAACAUACACCAGGGUCAGAUCACGUAGGCCGGUCAUAUUCGACGGACAUUAUUCCGAUAUGAGGGGACAUUCGCGCACAAUAUUUGGACUACGCAUGAGAGAUCUACAGCUCAUGACUGGGCUGCUGUUACUUGCCGUAUUUAUACGGCUGUAUAGAAUAUAUCAACCGAGUUCUGUAGUGUUUGACGAAGUACACUUUGGAGGCUUUGCAAGUAAAUACAUGAAAGGAAGAUUCUUCAUGGAUGUCCAUCCACCGUUAGCCAAGCUGUUAAUAACGUUUGCGGGAUUAAUGGGUGGUUUUGACGGAAACUUUGAUUUUAAAGAAAUCGGCAAGGAUUACAUCGAACCGCGCGUGCCAUACGUACCAAUGCGUCUGAUGCCCGCAACGCUCGGCGUUCUUGUGAUUCCAAUGGCUUAUCUAACGCUCCGCCAAUCACACAUCUCGACAACUGCCUCGGUUCUCGUAUCAAUUCUGCUAAUCUUGGAAAACGGUUUAAUCACUCAAUCCCGUCUUAUUCUUUUGGAUUCGCCGCUGGUUGCUUGCACCGCUCUCACCGUACUAGCGUGGUCGUGUUUCCAGAGUGAACAGAGACGUCCAUUCGGAUUUUGGUGGUGGUUCUGGAUGUCGAUGACUGGCCUUGCAUUGGGAUUAACCGUCAGUUGUAAGUGGGUUGGAUUGUUUACGAUUGCAUUGGUCGGCGUCUCGACUAUCCGAGGGUUAUGGGAUAUGCUUGGCGACUUGAGAAUUACUCCGGAAAUAUUUACAAAGCACUUUCUUGCCCGUGUCCUAUGUUUAAUCGUGAUUCCAAUAUCAGUUUACAUGUUUUUCUUCGCGAUCCACUUUGCAAUUCUCACAAAUAGCGGAGAUGGGGAUGGGUUUAUGAGUGCCGAGUUUCAGCAGUCGUUAAAGGGGCACCAAAUGCACGACGUUCCAAUCGAUAUUGCAUACGGGUCACAUAUUACGAUCAGACAUGUAAAUACUCAGGGAGGCUAUCUGCACUCUCAUAAUCACGUUUACCCUUCUGGUAGUCGACAACAACAAGUGACUCUCUAUCCGCAUAAGGAUGAAAACAACGUUUGGAAAAUAAUGAAUCGAACCAAUAUUCCAUAUGACGGUCCGCCAGUAAUGGUGAAGAAUGGAGACGUAGUCAGGUUGGAACACGUGGCAACGUCAAAGAAACUACAUUCUCAUGACAUCCGGCCACCAUUGACCGAGUUGGAUUAUCAUAAUGAAGUCAGCGCUUAUGGCUUUGCUGGGUUUGAAGGAGACGACAACGAUCUAUGGCGCGUAGAAAUAACUGAACACAGCAGCUCCGAUCCAAAAUCCAAAGAUUAUCUCCGCACGUUACAUAGCAAAUUUCGGUUGGUUCACCUAAUGACUGGAUGUCAUUUGUUCUCGCAUAAGCUCAAACUCCCAAAAUGGGGUUUCGAACAACAGGAAGUAACGUGCAUAAAGGGUGGAACGUAUCCGAAAACUGUUUGGACUGUAGAGAGUAAUAAGAAUGACCAGCUUCCCGAAGAUGCAGAAAAAGUAAACUACAAAAAACUCGGAUUUCUGGGCAAAUUUCUUGAACUCAAUCAAGUAAUGUGGCAAACAAACGCCGGUUUAACCGACUCGCAUCCAUACGAUUCUCGUCCUUUUGAUUGGAUCGUUCUCAAGCGCGGAAUCAGUUUCUGGGGAAAGCACCACAGGCAUAUUUAUUUGUUAGGAAACCCGAUUGUUUGGUGGGGCGGGUCGGCUAGUGUUGCGAUUUACUUGAUUUUCAAGACGCUUCUUUAUGUUAGAGCUAAAAGAGGAUAUAAGGAUCAGUUGAGCGAAUCAGAGCAAUUCUACGAAUCUCUUGCCGGUUUCUUUCUCGUAGGCUGGUUUCUCCACUGGGCCCCCUUUUUCCUGAUGUCCCGCCAACUGUUUUUACAUCACUAUUUUCCUGCAUUAUACUUUUCGGUCUUGCUUUUCGGUGUAUUAUUCGAUAUUAUUACCAAGUUUUUCAAAUCUCGCCAUCGUGUCCUAGUGGCUCUGUGUAUAAUUCUAGUAACAUACCUAGCGUUCCGGACAUUCGCUCCGCUGGCGUACGGUGAUCCUUGGACAAAGAGUGAUUGUAAAAAGGCAAAGUGGCUGAGUUCGUGGGAUUUCGACUGCAACCAGUUUUAUGACAAUUAUGACGAAUUUAACACUGAACCCACCGAAUCACCGGAUACAAAGGUGGACCACGUGAGCAGCAAUGUGCCGCACGGUAAAGAGAACGUAGCUACAACUAUGGGCGAGGUGGCUCACAAGGCGGACGCAAAGAAUGUUGUUAAAGAGAAAGCUACAAACAACAAUGUUACUGAAAUGGAUACUGAGAAAAAAGAGUUUGACAUUGGAGACGAAGACGAUGCCGAUGAUGAACAAUUCAACCCACCCGCCAAACAUGAUGAGGGGUAA